AUGAACGUUGGUAUUGCACAAGGAGAAGGAAAUCCAAAUAGUUCAUGGCUAAAUAGUCGUGGUGUUUGGCUUACAUAUAUUAUUCUUGUUUUUGUUCUUCACUUUAUAUUACUCAGUAUUCCUUAUAUAACAACAUCUGUGGCAUGGACUUUAACGACAACUAUUCAUAAUAUUGGAAGUUACUAUUUAUUUCAUUUGAUUAAAGGUGCUCCAUGGGAAACAAGUGAUCAAGGUUUAGCACGUCGUUAUACAUUUUGGGAACAAAUUGAUAAUGGUGUUCAAUGGACAGGUACAAGAAAAUUUCUUCAAAUUCUUCCAAUUGUCUUAUUCUUCAUUGCGAGUUUUUAUACAAAAUAUGAUAAGACUCAUUUCAUAAUUAAUAUGGCUACAAUGCUUCUCGCAGUUAUACCGAAAUUUCCAAUAUUUUUCGGUGUACGUUUAUUUGAUAUUAAUCGUUAUUAG